AUGUACCUCUCCAAUCCCUCCCCAUGUACCUCUCCAAUCCCUCCCCAUGUACCUCUCCAAUCCCUCCCCAUGUACCUCUCCAAUCCCUCCCCAUGUACCUCCAAUCCUCCCAUACCUCUCCCAUCCUCCCCAUGUACCUCUCCAAUCCCUCCCCAUGUACCUCUCCAAUCCCUCCCCAUGUACCUCUCCAAUCCCUCCCCAUGUACCUCUCCAAUCCCUCCCCAUGUACCUCUCCAAUCCCUCCCCAUGUACCUCUCCAAUCCCUCCCCAUGUACCUCUCCAAUCCCUCCCCAUGUACCUCAUCCCUCCCAAUCCCUCUCCAAUCCCCCAUGUACCUCUCCAAUCCCUCCCCAUGUACCUCUCCAAUCCCUCCCCAUGUACCUCUCCAAUCCCUCCCCAUGUGCCUCUCCAAUCCCUCCCCAUGUGCCUCUCCAAUCCCUCCCCAUGUACCUCUCCAAUCCCUCCCCAUGUACCUCUCCAAUCCCUCCCCAUGAGCCUCUUCUCCCCCUCCCCAUGUGCCUUUCCUCUUCAUCCCACGCACAAGGGGGCAGCGCAGCAGAGUUGGGAACAAGCUCAUUUUCUAUUCACCCCCUCUUCCUGCCUCCACCCGACUCCUUGCAGGGCUAUUUGGCGUUCAUUCACAUCCGGAAGGAGGAGGGUGGGCGCAGGGCAGAUCUGCAAGGACAGGGCAGAGCUGCAAGGACAGGGCAGAGCUGCCAGGACAAGGCAGAGCUGCAAGGACAGGGCAGAGCUGUCGCCCUCGCUUCCUCCCACCGUCGCCCACGCUUCCUCCCACCAUCGCCCACGCUUCCCCCCACCAUCGCCCACACUUUCCCCCACCGUCGCCCACGCUUUCCCCCACCUUCGCCCAUGGCAGGUGGUGGUGCGGCUUUGGAGCAGAGUGUUGGGCGCACAGCCUGGGCAGCGCGUGCAUGCGGGCAGCAAGGAGUGCAGUGCUGCAGGGGGCGGGUUAGGGGAGGCGGAGCGGGGGAGGCGGGGGUUAGGGAGAGAGGGUGCAGGGAUCCUCCUAUCCCCCUUAUACCCUGCCACACUCUUACCUCCUGCCCUCCUCCCUUCCUCCGUUUUGUGGGGCCCCCACAGUCGUCCUCCUCUCCCUCUCUCUUCCACCCUUCCUCCAUCUAUCCCACACUCUCUGCCUCACUACCCUCUUUCCCCUUUCUGUUGCUCGUUAUCCCUCCCUUCCUCCCGCCCUCCCUUCCUGCCAUUCUCCCUCUCCUCAUCCUCCCUCGAUCCAGUCCCCCUUUCCCUUUCCAUUUCCCACUCGCCCACUCCCUUCCUCACGCCAACCCUGCUCCUCCGUUCCACCCAUCCUCUCAUCCGCCCAUCCUCUCAUCCGCCCAUCCUCUCAUCCGCCCAUCCUCUCAUCCGCCCAUCCACUCAUCCCCCUUUCUCUCAUUCGGCCAUCCUCUCAUCCCCCUUUCUCUCAUUUGGCCAUCCUCUCAUCCCCCUUUCUCUUAUCCGCCCAUCCUCUCAUCCCCCUUUCUCUCAUUCGGCCAUCCUCUCAUCCCCCUUUCUCUCAUUCGGCCAUCCUCUCAUCCCCCUUUCUCUCAUUCGGCCAUCCUCACAUCCCCCUUUCUCUCAUUCGGCCUUCAUCCUCCCUCCCAACCCUCUGUCUCCUCCCUCACCUCCUCUCCUUCGUCACCACCUCUCCUCCCUCUUCGCCUCCCAUUCCACAUCUCCGCUGUGCAGAUCGUGGCCUCAGCACCCGGUGAAGGGAGGCAGGGGAGGGCACGGGCGGAAGGAGGGAAGGGGAUGGGGGGAAGCAGGGAUGGGGAGGGGGGAAGGCAGGGGAGGGGACGGGCGGAAGGAGGGAAGCAGGGAUGGAGAUGGGGGGAAGCAGGGAUGGAGAUGGGGGGAAGCAGGGAUGGAGAUGGGGGGAAGCAGGGAUGGAGAUGGGGGGAAGCAGGGAUGGAGAUGGGGGGAAGCAGGGAUGGAGAUGGGGGGAAGCAGGGAUGGAGAUGGGGGGAAGCAGGGAUGGAGAUGGGGGGGAACAGGGAAGAAGGAAAGGGUAUAUGUGUGGGUUGGAAAGGGGGAGUGACAAGUGUGCGAGAUGGGAAGGGAGAAGGGAGGGAUGGCGAGGGCAACGAGGAGUGGAAGGGAGGGCGACGGGGAAACCGAGGGCGACGGGGGGAGAGAGAGACGGGGAUUGCGAGGGGACGAGUGGGAGCGAGGGUGACGAGCGGCAGGGAGGGCGACGAGACGAAGGGGGGCAACGGGCGGAAGGGAGGGAAAGAGAGCGUGAAUGGGGAAAUGAAGGCGACAGGAGGGGGAAAUGAAGGCGACGGGAGGGGGGAGUGA